GUGAAAGUGGUCGACACAAAAAAGAUUUUCGGUAAACCAUUUGAAUAUUACGCAACUUAUUUCUGUGCCUUGUACCCACGAAUAAAAUUAGCUUACAACUGUGACCGCGUUAAAAGUCGAACUUUCAUCAAACCCCAGACUUGAAAAUGGCAGUAUCAAUAUCCAGAGAUUUGUCUGUCACUGUGGGUGAGGACGUUGUUGCUGAUAAACUAGCAGAUAAACAAGCUCUGUUGCAAAAUUUCGAGAAAAGUCAAUCCAAAGCUUUAGGGGUCUCCCAGUUGAUGCUGGGACUACUCGUCAUGAUGAACUCCAUCCCACUCCUGUUUACUGAUUACACUGAGAUUUUAACUUUUGGAGUGCCUUUGUGGAGUGGCCUUGUGGUAAUAUUCUUAUUAUCUAAAUAUCCUGGGUGUCUUGCCAUAACGCUAGAAAAAUACAUCAACAGGAAAUAUCUCUUCUCCUGUGUUGCCAUGUCAGCAGCAGCCGUGCUAACAUCUGCCACUGCCCUAAUCAUCUACUUCACUGACAUCACCAAGCACCCAGCAGAAUAUUGUGCUUCUCGUGAAGAGUGUUCACACAAACAUUAUGCUAUGUUGUUAAGUACCGGUGUAAAGACAUCCCUGGCAUUCUACACCAUGAUCCAAACCAUCAUCUCUAUCAUCCUGACAGUUACUUUAUACAAAGCAAGGAAGCACCUUGACAUUUAUGAGAGAAUCAGCAGCUAAGGUGUCACAGAACGACUAAAGUGGUCACAUCAAGACAUCUAGUGGUCCUCAUUAUGUUCUAUAUGUGUAUACAUUUUACAACAUUUUGUAUAACUCUAAAGUUACUUUUUUUACUGUUAUGUUACUGUUUACUGGUAUCUUUGCUUUCAUUGGAAACUCAUAUUUCUUGCUGUUGUUUGUAGCUGUUGCCUAAUAAGCAGCCUUUUGUAUAUCAUGUGGCAGACUUAAUGCGACAGGACAGACAUGUGGACUCGAGUCACAUGACUUGGACUCGAGUCAGACUCGAGUCAUGAUUUUAAUGACUUCAGACUUGACUUGAUAAAAUUUGGCAUGACUUGCGACUCGACU